UGUAAGAGAGGGAGUGUGUAUGUGUGCGUGUUCGUGUGCGUGUGUGUGUGUUUGUAGACCUGUGUGUAUGUAUGAAUGUUAGGAUGCAGUCCGCCUAAGCAGACCCUUCCUAACUCGGGCAGGUGAUGAUCUACCUGAUCGAGGGCGUUCUUCCCGAGUCCUACUUCGCAAACAACCUCAGGGGCCUCAGCGUUGACAUGGCAGUGUUCAGGGACCUCCUUCGGCUGCGGCUUCCUCACCUCUCGCGACACCUGGAGCACCUGCAACAUGACGCUGCUGAUCUUGCAACCGGCACCAGCUACGAACCACCGCUCACUAACGUCUUCACGAUGCAGUGGUUCCUAACGCUGUUCAGCAACUGCCUCCCGCGGGAGACAGUGAUGCGCGUGUGGGACCUGACGUUCUUGCAGGGGGACGAGGUCCUCCUUAGGACGGCUCUCGCCAUCUGGGACGGCCUUGCAGUGCGAAUCCUAGACGUUCACUCGGCAGACGAAUUCUACACGGUAAUGGGCGUGCUCACUCAGGAGAUGCUAACCUACGGCCUCAUGGACGCCAACAAGUUAGUGCAGACUGUGGUGGGAAUAGCCCCGUUCCCGUUUCCCGGCCUGGCGGAAUUGCGAGACAAGUACACGUAUAAUAUAACGCCGUGGACCCAGUCUGUGUCGUCUGUGGCCAAGAGAGGACUCAGGCUUUUCUACUCAGACGACGACGACGACGACAACGAUGAGGACGACCAGAAGAUCGCGGUAGCCACGGCGUUUGGCCUCUCUGGCAUCUUUAGGAAAGGUAUAGAGAGCCGCGGGCCUUCCCCCGUAGGCGGUGGCAGUUCAGCAUCACCUGGAACCUUCGUGCCCCUUGGGUUUCCAUCGUCUCGGCAUGCCCAUGAGAUCUCUCGUCCGAACUUAGAUAUCUCUGCCCUAAAGAAGCAGUACGCCCGUCUAAGGGAGAGGCAGAAACAGGCACAUAUCAUCCUUACGGCCUCACAGCUUCGCGUUGGCUCCACCUUGAGCGGCGGAGGGUCGCAGCGAUCGACACCGCUCGCCAUGAACCACCUCCUGAGGGGGAAGAAGGCCCUGACGUCCAAGACGAAGCGAGGAGCACCUCAGGGGGUCAUUCCCGUAAUGGAACCGAAGAAGAAGGUCGAACGGAAAUUCAGCGACUCGACAGGAGCACGUCCCGCUCCUCAAGCACAGAAAGUGCAGCUCAAGUCCAGCACACGAUCUCUCCGCAGCCACUACCAGACCCUGAAGCGUCCGCCAAGCAGUUGCUCGCAAAGCCCUCCCAAGGUAGAGACCUUGCACUGGAAGGAUACGCCUCGCAGGGAUCGGAGGGCUUCGCUGCCCUCUGGUGUCAAGCUCCUGGAAGCCCCUACGCCUUCACCCAGCGCCCUCGGCGUCCAGGAUGAGGCAGAUGACGCUGAAGGAGGCAGUAGCACGUCCACCGAGCUCUGCGACGACGAGGAUGAAGACAAGCUGAGCGACCUUGAGGCCGACGUGACCGCGGAGGGGCGCCCGGCCACCACUUCUCCGCGCCUCGAAACUGUCACGGAACUGCAGACGCCAUCGCCAGCCAAGCAGCAGCGGAAAAAGCAAGAAGCUAAAGCGAUAAUCUCAGAGAGAGAGAAAGCGGCUACUGAUAAAGAAAUCGAGCUGAAGCCAGAAGCGAAGCUGUUGAUAAAGGAACCACAAGAAAUGUCUAAACCAGAAGUGACGGCACAGAUUGUGUCAGACAAUGAAUCUAGAGAGAAAUCGGAAAUUAAAUUAGAGUUAGAAUUAGAAACAGUGGAAGGCAAACUUGAAGAUGCAAAAGCAGACAUUAAACCAUCAUUGCGUGAAGAACAAGAAGAAACAGAAACUAGUAUCAAAUUAGGAGAUAUAAAAGUAAAAAUUGGUCUAGUGGAGAGAAGUGAAGAAGAGAGUGUAAAGCAGACCAAACUAGAAGAUAUAAUAAAGAACAUAAUACCAGAAAAUAAGUUACUGGAAAUAGAAUCACAAAAGGAACCAGAGACGUUAGAAUCAGAAGAGAUGAAAUCAGAAACUAAGCCAGGGAAGAUAAAGGCAGAAAGAGAAGCAGAGAUGAUAACAUCGGAAAUGAAGCCAAAAGAGAUAAAACCGGAAACUAAAGAAGUUGAGAUAAAACCAGAAAUUAAACCUAUGGAGAUAAAACCACAAUUUAAAGCAGUGGAGACAAAACCGGCAAAUGAAUCAGUGGAGAUAAAACCAGAAAUUAAAGAGAUUACAGAAUGCACAGCAGUUGAAUCAUUGGAGACAAAACCAGAAAUAAUAUCAGUGGAUAUAAAGGCAGAAAUUAAAUCAGUAAAAAACAAACCUGAAGUGAAAGUAGAGCCAGAACUUAAAGAUAUCACAGAACAUGCAGCAGUUGAAUCAUUGGAAAUAAAAACAGAAAUUAAAACAGGGCAGGUAAGACCAGUAAUUGAAUCAGUGGAAAUAAAACCAGAAAUAAUAUCAAUUCAGAUGAAACCAGAUAUUCAAUCACAGGAAAUAAAACCUGAAAUUAAAGUAGAGAUAAGACCAGAAAGUGAAUCAGUGGAGGUCAAACCAGAGAGUAAAGAGAUAAACAUAAAACUAGAGUUUAACUCAGGGGAGACAAUAGCAGAGCCUGAGUUAACAUCAAUAACACUAAAGACUAAGCAAGAGGAGUCAAAGCAAGAAGAGUUAACACCAAAAGAUAAAGAAGAGGAGGUUAAGCAAGAAGGUAAAGUAGAAGAGUUUGAGGCAGAAGAUAAACUGGAAACUGUCAGAGCAGAAAAUAAGUUACCGGAAAUGAAGCCAAAGGAAAUAAGGCUUGAAGACAAAGCAAACGAGACAAAACUUGAAAAACAAGCAGUCGAAAAUAUCCUUAAGGAAAUAAAACUAGAGAAUGAAGUCGAGGAGAUGAAGGUGAAAAGCGAGCUAGAGGAGACAAAGCCAGAAGCAAGAGUAGAAGUGAGACUGGAGGAACAGUCGGCUACAGUUCCAGACAUGGGACAUGAGAGACAGGAUGCAAUAGUUGGGGCAGGUUGGGAGGAAGCGCCAUAUAAAGAAAUAGUACAGGAAGGUGUUCGAAAAAGCGAGAUAAGUAAAGAUGUACAGGAAAAUAUAGUGCAAGUUGAAAAAUCUGGAAAGACGAAAUUUGAUAAGAGAGAGGAAGAGGAACCAAUAGAACUAAAGCUAGCAGAAGGGGUAUUUGAGUGGACGAAACUUGACUUUACGCAGGAAGAAAUAAAGCCAGAACAGGUUACAGAACGUACCGCAUCCCUACCUCUCUCGCCGCACUUGGCAGCCGAUGAAGUAGCAGAGGGCGAUAUUCCAGUCCAGGCUGAGAAUCCGCCACCCAGCUCUUUAUAUUCUCCUAGUUAUGCGUUCUCUUACGGGAUUCCUUUGGAGGUUCUCUUGGCGGGGAAAAAUCUUACAGCCGCUGAAAUCAUAGCAAGGAUUCCUUUUCCAAGUGACGUCAGCUUUAUGAAAGGCCCCGAAGAGAUAGAUAAAUUCAGUGCUCAGCACAAUGUCACGCCACAGAGGUCACCAAUUGAAACUACCUUUCCAGAUUUCCCAUCACUUGUACCUGUCAGUGAAACCUCACUGACAGUGAAGAUGUCCCCUGAUUCCUCACCAUCAUUAUCUCCAUCACCAUCUCCAAGAACUUCCCCCAUUAGUGUAUCACCACACAGAUCUCUUACAAACACUCCUAGUAUAUCUCCAAAUAUCACGCAAGAAACUAAAGCUUGCAUAAAUUGGUCACAGACAGAGCUGCCUUCUACACCCCCAGAAUCUAGAAUGAGUUCGCCACUCAUCCCGCCCAAAUCCCCUAAAAUUACAGUUGAGGAUGAAAAGAAAAAUGUUUUUGAAAUCCAUACUGGGGUUUCGGGAUUUUCAACAUUUGUAUUUCAUCCCCUAGAGGAGACAGGAGAAAAAUCACUUUCUAAUAUGUGUCCAGACGUUGAAUUUGAAUUCAACUCAGAUUCAGAUGCAAAAAAAUUGCCUGGAGAAAAAGUACAAAAGUCUAGGAAUCCAAACAUGAGAAACAAACAUAUAAGCGACUCUCCCAUUCUCCAAGAUACUCCUUUUGUAGAGACUCCGGGGUUUAGCCAAAGAAGCACUGAGAUCAGUGCAAGCUCAGAUAUGGAAAGACAUCCAUGUGAGACAACAAAACAUUUUAAUAUCGGUAUUAAUAUACAAGACGGUACCGAAACGAAGGACGUGACACUUUCAGAUAUAAGUGUUAAACACGGUAUUAAAGACCCUUACACCAUAGGGAAUAAAGAUAUGCAUGAGGUUUCAGAGGAAAAUGACAUUGAUGUGUCGUCAAAAGUUCUUACAUUCAGAGAAAAUAUAUCAAGGUCAAAACUCUCCUCCAUGUUGACAGAUGAUGCUGAGAAGGAACCAGGUGCACUGACUACUGAUAGCUUUAAGACAGAUACUUCCCAUGAUGCAUGCUACCUGCAGUCAUCAUCAAGCUUAGAGAUUGAAAGUCAGUAUCCCACUGUUCCUGAACUUUCAGAUAUCACCCAGCCUAAAGUAUCAAGUGCAAACAAUGAAUCACUUGAUAUUCAACUAGAAGGCACUGAAAUAUGUUUGAGGACUGAACUUGACCAAUCAAAAGCUGCAAUUUCAGGGGUAGACGUAAUACAAUCAACAAGUCCAAUUUGUAGCAGUGAAAACUCUUUGCCAGUUGUACCUUUGGUUACCCAUUUGGUAUCUAAAACAGAAAUACGAGUCUCAGAGACUCAUGCCGAAGAGUUCAAGACAACCAAACAUACAAGUAACAGUAAGUCAUUACUAUUACAUUCACAAAUCAAAAGUUCUUUGUUAUCUGUUGGAUCUAUGGAUGAUGUUUCUAAAUCUGCUGGUAAUCAGGAAUUAGAACAAAAAUCUAGUUCCUCUGAGAUUAAAGAUUUAUAUAAUUCUUCUCAAGCAAACAGCUCCAGAGAAUCUGAUGUAGGUCCUCUUGAUAACAGUAUUUCUUCUGUGAUAAUACCACUUGAGAGUAAAAUACUUACAGAAGUAACCAGAGAGGACAGAGAAUUUGUGCACACACACAGUCAAGCAGAGAUGAAUAUGUACAAAACAGAUGUCACAGCCAGGCUUUCAGCAGCAGAGACAGUUGCCCCUUCUAAGAUAUCAUUGGAAGAGAGGAUUUCAGCUUUGCUUCCACCAGAAACACUUGCUACAUGGACUGCUAAGUACGAAUGUGAAAAAGUGGUAUCACUUAAUGAAGAACCAGGUGGGAUAUCAAAGCAAGAGAAUUUAUCUCACACUGAUAAUUUUUUUGAAACAAAUUUGCCUUUAUUAGAUGAAUCUCAAGAUGAAGCAAAAAUCUUAAUCGUAGAAAUGCAAGGAGAAACAUCCCAUUCAGAGUUAUGUAAGAAAGAAAGUGAGCCAGUGCCCGCAGAAAAUAGCCAAACAUCCAAACAAUCAACGGUAGGGACAGAUGACAAAGCAGAUCAAGAUUUGAAAAAAUUCUUCGACGACUCAAAAUUGUUGCUUAUAGAGAAUAAUGGAAACAUAACACAAGAAAAGGUCAGAGAAGAAAUACAUUGGUUACCUACAGAGCCUAUUUCAAAAGACAAAAAUCUACCUCCUGGAACAGAAUAUCAUAUAAAUUCAGAUAAGCUGCCUUCUUACAAAGAAGGAAUACAAAGGACAGCUGGAAAGGGAAAUGAGGAAAGUGCCUUGUUAUUUAUGAAAGAUGAAAUUGAUGCACAGCUUGGAAAAAUCCAAUAUAGUACACCUGAAGUCUGUUCACUAUUUGUAGAAAGAUCAAGUGAUAUAGUGGAAUUUGCAAUAGAUAAGUUAUCCCAAGAAACAGAAUUAGGGGCCACCAAAAAGUCUCAAAAGGGGACACUACCAAUUUCAAAGACAUCUUGUGAUGUGAAGCCAUACUCAUUAGAGAUAACAAAGCUAGGAGAGUCUACGGAUGAGCUGGCAUCCUCCCAGAUGGUUACAGAUGAUGAGAGCAUUAGUUGUUUAGGAGACGUGCAAGAAGCAAGUCAACCUCCUUUCAGGCGACAGCGAGGAGAAUCGUCAUUGACUACAUCACUGGAGGGAAGGAUUUCGGCAUUUCCGUGUAGAAUUGAUUCUGAGGAAAAUGUUUUAUCUUUCGAGGAAACUGGUGAAGACGAUGCUGUGUUUGAAAGCAGUGGGCCAGAGAUGGAAACUGAUUUCUUUAGUGAAAAGGAUUUAAGCUCAGAGGCUAUUCGCCAGAGGCUUUGGAGGGGUGUCAAAUCCCUGAGUUUAGAUGCUGAUAUUACACUUGAUCCUGAUAUUUUCUGCUUUUUAAUACAGCAGAGUACAAAAUCUAGUCAUAGUAAAGAAGGCAAGAGGAAAGGUUUGCAAAAACGAAGAAACAGUGAGGUAGAAUUGCAAGAGUUAGUAAAAGAAAAUACAGAAAUCAUAGAGAGAAUUAUGAAGCAAAAGUCAGUUGAAGACGCAGGAGCACUGAUAUAUAGCAUCAAAGAGACAGAUACACCAGCCAAUACACCCAUAGAGGAGCAUGAACAUGAAGUACAUUCUGUGAAAAGCAACUCCAACAGAGAGCUCGAGAGUUACACGAAAUCCUCUAGUAGCAGUACUGAGCCACAUGAACUAUCCCUGGCAAAGUCAAGUAGCAGUGAUCUAAGCGAAGCACUAAGUCUAGCAAAAGAAAUCAAGUCUUCACCUUCCAAGGAAAUGCCUUCCAGUCAAGUGUCUUCACUUGACCGGAAAAUGAGCAGUCAAGGUUCUGAUUCGGAACCUACAGCAAAGAGUACUAGUACUAUCAAAUCAUCUUCCAAAACUACCAAAAUCUCACGAUCUUCCAGUGUUUCACUUGAAGGUCCAAUGAGACCUAUCACAUUUAAUCCAUUCCCAACAAGGAAUGUUCCCCGGCAGCCAAAGGAAGUUGCAAUAAAAUUAGGUCUCUAUAGCCCUACUAAAACAUCCAGUAGUUCUCCAACUUAGGGCCCAACUUCAAGACUAAAAUUAUAGGUGGCCUUGUAUAUGCAUCAUAAAACUUGAAUGUUAGAGAGACCUUUUUGAAUAUAUAAUGAAGCAUUUA